AUGUACCUUCAGCCGCGCGGCGCAAGCGCCGUCGCCGGUGCUCGCUUCCUGGCGAGAUUCCGCAGGGAAUUCGCCUUCCGCAUAGUCAGAGUGCCUAAAUCAGAUGCUCAGGCCAACAAAUACAGGGCUAUCCACGAGGCCCUCCUGCCCCCUCAGGAGCUACAGAAGGCAACCAGGGAGCAAUUGAUGACUGUAUAUGGCGUAUUGGGAGUGGAAGACUCGCGCGAAAGGCUCGAUCAGGAUUAUGUGCAGCGGCUGCUCGAAAGGACGGUAGCACUUGGCAGGGCGUUGCUACCGGCGGACUAUGCUAAGAUCUUCAUGACGCUAAGAUGGGUACCAACUGCGGCAUCAGGGUUUACAAGCGAGUUGAACGAGGGUGUUCGGAGGUUGGGAGCCAACUUCAGCACCAGGGAAAUUGCCCUUAUACUCAGGGCAUAUGCCUCCCUCGCCUCACGUUCACUGAUAACAAUCACGGAGCUCGUCAAAACCUUCAACAGGCACAUCGGGGAAGCGGAUGUGUGGCAUGUCAGGGAAGUUGCGUCGGCGCUGGCCACAUUAAGGGUUCCAGUCACUGGCCCGGUGGAAAUAUUCUACAAGAGAGCGGUGGCCCUGGUGCCGAAGCACAUAGCGGGUAUGCCCGCCGACGAUAUUGGAAUUUUUCUGAAUUCGUUCGCACGCCAGCGUGUCAGUCAAGAUGAGCUGCUGCACUUUGCAGACGCACAUGCAGACAGGCUUAUAUCAGAGGCAUCACACAGGAAUGUAGCGCUAAUUGCAAACUCAUUUGCUAGAGUGGAGCGGCAUUCACGCCGGUUGCUGCAGGCGGUAGAGGGGAGGCUGCACCGAGAAUUGGAAAAAUACUGGGCAGACAAACGCUCGACGGAGACCUCUAUGGAAGUGCUUCAGCCUUAUGUUGGUCCAAGUUUGGGUCGUUCUACAUCACCAGCUCUCGACCCCGUCUACGAAUACGACACAGAUGAUGUAUCAGUCAGAGAUCUAGAACACCAACUACCAACGACUCCGCAGGCAGCCGCUACUACUGUCAGCGAGGCUCCUCUAAAGUUAAUCGAUGUGGCGAUGAUCUUUAACGCUUUUAUUAAACUCGAGGAGGAUUGCACCAAGCUACUGAACGCCUUCAUACCCUGGCUGAACAACCAUAUAGACUCCGAGUCGCCCACUCUAUCACUGGUUCUUCUAUGUCAUGCGUAUUCGCGUGCCGGGAUCAACAACCGCGAGCUGUUUAUGAGGAUGGCACAGGUGAUACUGCAACGGGUCAACACGUUGAAUUGCCAGCAGCUCGGACUAGUGGCAGUAUCGUACGCGAAGGCCGGGCAACACGUCCCACUGCUAUUCCUCAGAUUGGCCGACGAAGUUAUCUAUAGGGGGACUGUUGCACUCAAGUUUAAGCGCUACAACUUCGAUUUCCAGUCGCUCGAACACCUGAUGCAGGCAUUCAGCCGAGUUGGAUUCAAAGACCAGCGACUGUACGUCGUUCUGACGACGCUGCUAAAGCGGCAGCUGCGUGCGGCAGGGUCGGAAGAAAUCAACGGCGAGAUGAUAGCUUCUAUGCUAACGUCGAUGGCCCCGCGUCGUGUGGAGGCCUUCGUCCCGUUCAUCACCGACGCCAUAGUGCGCACCAGGGACAAGACGGCAUACAGCACAUCCGCUCUGUGCCGGGUCCUGAAUGCGUUCGUCAAGUUGAAGGUGUCUCAUUCGAAGAUUAUGGACUCCAUGCUGAAGGAGGUGAAGGAUCGUGUAAACGAGUUCCAGAUCCCUGUGCUUAUAAACACGCUGAAGGCGCUGGCGAAGCUCAAACGCUACAACUUGGUGUUGGUGAAAGACUCAAUAAAACGUUGUUCGCUCCACCUGGUGCACCUUACAACGCAUGACAUCACAAAUAUGCUGAGCGCCCUGAACGGUAUGCCGCUGUGCUUCCCCACCAAAUUGCGUGCAGAUUUUGGAUUCCGGAAUACGUCGUUCCUGCAGAAGUUGGCAAUGUGCAUAAAGCACCGCAUUGCAGACUUCGACAGAAACCAGCUCCAUAUGAUAUUUUCGAGGCUUGCUAUGUUACGCACGUCGGACGCGGACCUGUAUCGGCAGUUGUUCCCCCUGUUGCUAAAGCACCAGCAUGAUUUCAGCGAAGUUCAACUGGCUGAUAUCAGCGUUAGCUAUAUCUACGUCCUAGUGCAUUUCGAUUAUUUGCAAAGGGAGUUGCACCUGCAGAAAGCCGCGCGUCACGAAUCUGAAUAUCAACUACAGUCAAUGCAGCACCGGGAGAUAUCGCAAGGACCAGGCCACCAACCCGUUUCACUUCAAAAGGAUGAUAGUGAACCGGUAACAGACCCGUCAGAUUCUCGUUUAGCCGAGGAUUACUCCGACAAUAGUGUCGGUAUGAGGGCGAAUGGCGCCCAUCGCAAUGCCGGCGAGGAGCACCCAUCGGCGCUCAACCCUGCUGAUGGUGGACCACACGCCCCUUAUCGCAUGCCCGACCCGGCAACGAAUGUAUUACCGUACGGAUUCACGGAUGGUAUACUAGAUGCCAUGCUGUCACAUCUAGGGUCGAAGUUGGAUGUGGCCACGGUCUUCAAGGUGCAGACUGUGCACCUCUACCUCAAGCAUAUUAGACGUGACAUAUACGACAAGUUGUCUGCAAAGACGCUGGAAGUGCUGCGAAAGUGUUCCGCCGUCAGGUUCGCCUUGGCAGAGUACAUGCUAACGUCAUCGUCGGCCCAUAAAGAGGUGUCGCACCUUCUGAAUCUGAUGGGCGUUUUUCAUCGCAACGAGGUCCAAUUUGGGCCUUAUUUAAUAGACAUAGUCCCGGAGACAGGGCCGGCGCGGCGUGUGGCGAUUGAGUACGACGGCCCAGCGCAUUUCUACGCAGAAACGACCAUGCGCACGGCAAAAUCUAUACUGAAACACGAGAUUCUGAAUAGCGCCGGCUGGCAAGUGAUACACGUGCCACACCAGGAAUGGGCACAGCUGGGUGGGUUUCAGGUUGGCAAAGAUGCAUGCAACACAGUGUCUACCAAGCAAAAGAUGAUUUACCUGGAUCGCAUAAGAAGGCUUUACGAAGUUAGCCCAUUGCCAGCUGCACGGCCUCUGUUAACCACUGGGCCAGUUGUGACACAGGCACGGCAUUUCUCGUCAUGCGUAUCUCACUCAGCGUUGGAACAAAAGCGGCGAGAGCUGCUGAAGGUUAACGAGCAGAUACUGAAGCAGCAUCUCGAGAACCCUGAUGCCGGUUCCGAGAGCUUCGAAGAACCUCGUAAGCCCCCUCCACCAUCCGCAACGGAGCGCAUAGUGGACGAGAUAUGCAACAGGCUUAUGGAAGGCAGCGGUGAUAUCACAGAUUUAGACGACGGAGAUGCCGAAAAGCUGGCAUCGCCAGAAAAGACAAAGGGUAAAGAACGUAACAAAUAA